AAAAAAAAAAAAACAAUUUUUUCGAUGUCAAAAAGUUUAACUAAAAAUUAAACAAAGAAAUCAUAUACUAACUGAGAAAAACGAAGACAUCUCUGGAGGCAGCAAGUUUUAAGAAAAUAAUAAACAUAAUGAAUAAAAUUGAAAAGAUGUCCUUUCUGGGAUGCAUGUAAUUAAUGUUAAUAAUGAAGCGGGCAAACACAACAACAUCGAAAAGAGACAAAAUGCAGUGAAAAAAGUGAAAAUCCGUCAAAAGUCAAGGAAACUGAAAUCAUUUAUUAUAGAUGUGGAUAAGAAAAAUAAAACAAAAAAAAAAAAAAAAAAAAGUAGAAGAGAAGAGAAAACAAAAAGCGGCAAAAUUGUGACAAAAGACAAGAAAAGUGUUUGGUAUUAAAACGUACAAGGGGGAACAUACAAGCAAAAAUUAAAAAUUGAUUAAUUUCAACAUUCGUUUCAAGCAAAUUUCAAGAAUAUCUUCAAUAAUAGAAAGGAAGUAUUACUGGGCUAGCAAAUAUGACGGAAAACCAAGACAAGCAUGUGGAGAGAGAUAAAGAAAAUAAGAACGAUGUCAAAUUGAUGAAGGGACAUGAACAUGAAAAUAAGGAUAAGCAUCAACAUACGCAUCAUCAACAGCAACAACACCAACAACAUCAACAGCUGACUCCGGGAAAAGAACAUGAAAGAUCUCCUGCUGGUGCUGGUGCUGGUGCUGCCGCCACCACCGCUUCAGCCACAUUUACCGCCAAAGAUGAAUUGGGUACGCAACGUGUUUACAAAAAAACUUCACCCAAUUGUGUUUUGACAUUGUAUUUACCGAGUCGUGAGAUAACAUUGUCUGGCAAUAGUCCGGCAAUAAUUGAAGGUAUUGUUUACGUGGAUCCCAAGGCUAUACAAGGCUAUCGUGUCUAUGCACAGUUAACGUUAACAUUUCGUUAUGGCCGUGAGGACGAAGAAGUAAUGGGUUUACGUUUUUGCAAUGAAGCUAUCAUGUCCUUACAUCAAAUAUGGCCACGCAACGAGGAGCCACACAGAGAGACAUUGACACCAUUGCAGGACGCUUUAAUGAAACGUCUCGGAGAAGGAGCACAUCCGUUUACAUUGUCUUUAACAUCGCAAGCACCGCCCAGUGUGCAAUUAGUUCCAGCUAAACGUUACUAUGGUGCACCUAUUGGCACGAGUUACGAUGUACGCUGCUUUAUUGCGGAUAAGACCGAUGAUAAAUUUCAUAGGAGAGCAUCAGUGAAAAUGGGUGUGCGUGUCAUAUAUCGUACUGAUGUUUACGGCAUAAAUGGGCCAGAAAACUUUGCUACAAUCAUUAAUAACCCGGUGGCAUCACCACCCGUCAAUACAACAAUAAUAACAACAGCGACAGCAACAGCAAUAACAACAACAACAACAAUGGCAAUAACAGCAAUAACUGACGAACCGACAACAGUGUCAAGAGCAACAGCAUUGACAGAUGUAUUGGGAAAUGAUGACAAAGCUGUACACUCAACUACUACUACAACUACUACAACUACUAAUACUAAUACCACUGUUACUACCAUUACCACCACCGAAGCGAAUGCGUUAAACCUUAAUGAUAGGACAACACGCUCAAGCGGUAAAGGACGUAAAUCGGAAAGAGGAGAUUCAUUUCCCAAAUUGCGUCUAUCACCGAAAUCAUUUCGUUUUAGUAGCCGAUUCGGCCGCAGCAAAAGCGAAGUGGAGAAAUGUCCUAGCGAUCCCUUUUAUAACUACAGUAAAUCAUUUCAAGAGUAUGAUUGUAUAACAGCUACUGGGGGAGGACCGCAGGGAGCCGUUGACAAGCCAUUUCUUUUGCAAGAUGGUCGUGUUGGUUUAAAAGCCAGCCUAGAUAAAGCCUGGUACACUCAUGGCGAAGAGAUUUGCGUUACCAUUAAUAUACGCAACGACAGCAGGAAAACAGUACGGAAAAUACGAGUUUGUGCCAUACAGCAUGUCGAUGUGUGCAUGUUUAAUAAUGGGAAAUUUAAAAAUGUUGUUGCCGACGCGGACGUACCAUCUUCAACGGAUCGUAUCGUAACUCCUGGUACUACGUUUAAUACCGCGGUCAUAUUAAAACCUCAACGUGGUACAACUAAGAACUGGAUAGCUUUAGAAGAUUCGCUGCAACGUAGCACCGAACCCGAUGAAAUAACUGGCAAUAUCGCGGCUUCGGCUGUACGCACACCUCAUUACUUAAUGCAAGCAUCGCAUUCACCGAAUUAUUGUUCGAGUCCCGGAGUUUGUAUACCUCCGGCUGUUAGUGCGAUUCAUGGCGGUUCAAAUGCUGCCAACGGCGCUACCAAUAAUGAACGUAAUGUCUUUGCCAUUUACGUCUCUUACUAUGUCAAAGUUAAAUUAACACUGUCCGGUAUGGGUGGUGAGUUAUCAUUGAAAUUACCAUUUGUCUUAGUUCAUAUAGAUGAGGAGCAAAAACAUUUAUAUGAAUUGCCAAUAAAAAAAUUAACCUUAGAUGAGGUGCCAGCUAAUCGCAAAAUUACCCCAACAUCUAAUAUAGACGACAAUAGUAAUAAUGAAGAAUCAAAUGAGGAACAACAACAGCAACAACAACAGCAACAACAAUCUUCAAACGUAGACGCUAAACGAGUCUACUCAGUAAUCAGUCAUAACUUAGAUCACAUUGAAUCCUUAGAUAGUUCUGAACAGUUACUCAUUAAAGUCCCUUCGAUGACAGGCGCAUGUAAUAAGCGACGUUUACUAAUGCGUAGUGAGACUAUAGCUAAAGAUUUGGAAGAAGAUCUCGACGACACCGAUGACGCUGAAGUAGAAAUGGGAAAAAAUGAUGGAAAAUUAGAGCAAGUUGUGCAUAUGGCUCAAAUCCACUAUGAUACAAACACUAGCGAAGAGCACGUCGAUAAAGAAGAUCAAAUUUAUCAAUCGUCUGAUGAAACGCCAGCUGAAGAAAAUCUGGAUAAAUUGUCAUUAAAAACUACAAACAGUACAAAUGGCGCGUGAUUUUGAUGUUUAAGAGAAAUGUUUCAUAGGAAACGUAGCUCCUAAUCUUUCUCAAAAAAUUAAUCAAAUCGCUUGGAAGCUCUAUUACAAUUAUGAAAAUGCUUACAUAUAAUACAACUUAGUUUCAUGUACACAACAAGCAGAUAGAGAAUAUUCUUCGGACAAUAUUUGACUUGAAAACAAAUAAACACACUAUAGUGGGCGAUGUCUCACAAUUAAAUAUCCUACACCAUCCUAUAAUUAUUCAUAUAACGACUUUUUAAAAAAGAGACGUUUUUUGGGAAGUAUACUUGGGCCAAAACAUGUUCACGUACAGAAUUUCAUCAAACUAUCUCGAAAAUUGCGUAUUUGACAGGACGGACAGACGGACAAGCCCGCUUAAAUCGAUGAAAUGUCGAUCUAUCUCUAGUCCUUCUUGAUGAUUACAUCCAUCGUCACAUACCUAACACACACACACUUCGUAGUCUCACAUCUCUGCGAUUCUUCAAUUAAUUCCCGCAUUUUUUCUAUACCAUACACUAAUGGUAGUACUUGUGGGAUAUUUGUGCGAACGUAUGUAAUACCUACAAGAGCUUAAGAUAGACCCAACUAUUCUUAUACCGAUCAAUUCAAAAUCAUGUUUUAAGCUUUUCCGUCCGUCCGUCCGACUGUUCAACCUACCGGUAGUAAUCCUUGAGACAAUUUGAUGAAAUUUGAUGCAAUGACGUGCUUGGACUCAAGGACAACUCCUAUUGAAAAUGGUUUUUGACCAAACCCCGUAUAAUACCUUGUUUUGAAAAGUUUUUAUAUGGAAAAAAAUUGCAAUUUUUAAAUUUUUUUCGAAAAAACUCACUGAACAAUAGUACUUCUAAACAUUCUAAAUUAAUAAGAAAAAUUUGGUUCGAUCGGCGCAAUUGUUUCAACCCCUUCUCACAGAAAUCUUCCUUCGAAAACUGAAUCUUUAUAUAGUAAUUAUAUAUAAUUUUCAAUACUUCAUUGUGAAAUUUGGUUCCUAAUAGUAAAUUGACAUAGAUGUCAAUCUUAUCUAAUUUUGAACCAUCUAGAUCUAUUUUUUGAAUAUUACCGCACGUAAGAAAUCUCAGGAAAUGUAAACCCUUAUAUGCCAAAAAUGCUAAAUUGUUAAUGUUUUAUGAUGAAAAUUUGUUCAUGAUAGUGGACCAAAUUUGAAUCACAUUAGUCCAUUUCUGGGAUUCCACUUCAUAUAGUAUUUCAUACGCAUAAUAAGACCUUCUUCAAAUAAAGAUUUAAUUUUUAAUAUUUGAUGAUCAAAAUUAAUCCAUAAUAGAAAUAUAGGAAUUAUAUUAGCGAUAAUGAUGGAUCAGAGAGAUCUAUUUUUUAGAUACUAACAUCUAUAGAUGUUAUCAUGAAAAGUAAGCCAGCCCUUUUAUAGAAAGAAAGUCUCAUUUGCAAUUUUUUGUAACCGAAACUCUAAAAUAAUAAAAUUUGUAAGAAAUAAAUUGAGUGUGGGCGGUCAUGUGAUGUUUUGGGAAUCCUUCAAUAUGCGGGCUGUCAUGAAGACGAAUGUUUUUUCAUGGUGUUAUUGUACGAAACGAAUAAUGAAUAAUUGUACUGUUGGUGAAAUGCUGUAGGUUAUCUAAUGGUCAGCCUUGCCCUCCCAUAAUCUUCUAAUUUAUUUUUCUUUCAUAUAUGUUACUUGAAUAAAUAUUCAAGCAGUUCUUCAAAGAAAUUAAGUCAACAUUCACUGAAUGCUUGCACUUUUUCAAUUAAUUAAACUCAUUUGUUUGCCUACAGUAAAAGCCUUAAUGCAAGAGCAUGGAUUCCUUUAUUUAAGACUCCACUGUACGGUUACCUUUUUCUUUUGAAAAAAUCGUUAAAGGUUUCAAAGUUUAUCAAGGGAGAACUUAUCCAAACCACACACGUUAAAAAGCUUAAACCAAAACAUAUCGAAAACUUUUACAAAUAAAACAAAAAUAAUAAUAAUAAUAAUAAUAAUAAUAAAUAGAAGAAGAAGAAUAUUUGAAUGCCGAUUAAACUACAACAGACUAUAAGGCAAAUUUAUAUAUAUUUAAAAAGCUGAUGUGUAAUAAAAGAAAUGAAAAAAUCAUUUAUUUAAAUAAAAAUAUAAAUUGAAAAAUUAAAAAAAAAAAACAAUUUUACAAUACAACACCCACCAGCAAUUGUUAUAAACGUUAAGAGAAGAAUCUGUAAUUUUAUAGAAAAAUGUUAAACGAGUUCAAAUAAGUUCCUAGAA